AUCUGACUGUAGUGCAGAUAACGCAGGUCAAUUCAACCCUGGGAGGCUCCUAAAUGCACCAGCUGAACUCUGAGACACGACUGACAAAAUGACAAUAUUAUAGAUAUCGUUCUGAGUUUUAAUCAAUCUGACAGUCAGUGGAGAAACCAGAUAAGAUGUUUAACUGGGUCGAGGAGUGGAACAUCUCUUUUGCAGGCUGUGGAUUCAGGAGCAUUUACUACGUGGGAGCUUUGAGCUGUAUCCUGGAGCGGGCUCCACAGCUGGUUCAUGGUGCUUCUAAAAUUUGUGGAUCUUCCUCUGGGUGUCUCGUGGCUGCAGCUCUCACUGUUGGCAUUCCCAUUGAACAGUUGUGUGCUGAUAUUUUAACCACAGCGAAGGAGGCCAGAAAACACACCCUUGGAGUUUUCCACCCAACCUUCAGCCUGCUCCGGACAGUCAGGGACUCCCUGCUGGAAAAGCUUCCAGAAGAUGCCCACCUCCGGGCUUCUGGAAGGCUCUGUGUGUCUCUCACCCGAAUAGCUGAUGGGAAAAAUGUUUUGGUGUCCGAGUUUGCCAGCAGAGAGGAGCUCAUUCAGGUUCUCAUGUGCAGCUGUUUUUUCCCUGUUUACUGUGGUUUCAUCCCACCUUCAUACCGUGGCAUGCGCUACAUGGAUGGAGCACUGAGCAACAUGAUGCCGUUGUCCGAGCAGAGAAACACCAUCACUAUGGCCCCGUUCUCAGGCGAGAGUGACAUUUGCCCCAGAGAAGGGUCCUACAAUUUCUUUGAAGUCCACUACGGAAACGUCAGCAUUCAGGUCAACACUGGGAAUGUAUAUCGAGUCUGUACAUCCUUCCUUCCCCCCAGACUUGAGAAGCUGGCUGAGAUAUGCCACAAUGGCUACAUGGAUGCUUUUUGUUUCCUGAGAGAGAAAGAUCUGCUUACAGCACAAAAUAUUCACAGCAGUGCAGUGGUAGGAGCCAAAUCUCCUUGCUGUGAGCAGAUGAAGGAAGUGGGUCGAGCAGAAGAGAGGAUGAUGAAGUGUCACAAGGAAAACCAUCAGUGGCUGGACCAUAGAGUCAUUGAGAAUCUCCCAGUGGCUAUCAAGAAAAUUCUAUGUGAGGCAUGCAGGGAUAGUCAUGAUGGUGGCAGCAGGUGGCCGCAUUACAGGGACUUCCUGACAAUGAAUUUGUUUACGUAUCUACUUACCUUCCUCAUCUUACCUGUUGAGCUGACCAUCUUAUUUACCAAAAGCAUGGUGUCAUUCAGCUGUACAGCACUUUGCAGACUGUUAUUGUGGUCUGCAGAUUUCUACAGGCAGAAAUGGAGCAUUAGCAAUGAUAGUAUCAACAGCGCAUCUCGAGAGACUAACUGCAUCUGCAGGUCAUCUGGUUCAGACAGCAGGAAUCAGAGAGGACGAGACAUAAAUACACAAACUCUGAAAUCAAAGAUGACCUCAGAUUCUAAAAUGAAUCUCUGCUGGGACACCAAUGGCAACAUGGAUCUUAUGCCCCCAGUCUCAACUAGAACUGUAUCUGGCCAGGUGAUGUUAAACACACCAGCAAAGGGACAUGUAAUCAACCAUAAACAAAGUGGAAAAAAGACUGAUUAAAGGAAACCAACAAAGGAAAACAAACAAACAAACAAAAAAACUUCAGCAUUUGCUGAACUUAUUGACAUCUUAUCAACACCAUGAGUCGAAGUGUAAUGUACAACAGGAAAAUAAAAAGAACGCCUUUUUCUUCGCAAAGAUUGAAUAGCUACCAUGUGAUAUUGAAACAAAGGUAAAACAAAAGUAUAGAAAAAGCAUCAUCAGUACAUUUUAUUGGACAAAUGAGUCAUUCCGUGUGACCGAUAUAAUCAUAAACAUAACAUAAUUCUACAAUUCCUAAAUCAAAUCAAAUCAAAUAAAACCCAUUAAAUGUUUCGUAACAUAUUUAAAGGCUGGUGAGACGAUGCCUCUGCAGGACCUCUGACAUCGAGUCAUCACUUUGCAUCUCAUCAGUUCAUAGCACCAUGAAUGUAACAUAUUAAUGCUAACCAAGUCCUCCCUGCAAACAGAGGAUCACACAAGCUCA